AUGUACACUCUUCUAAGAAAUUUCAUUCUAACUGAAAUGACAAUUGCAAAUGCUCAUAGGUCUGGCGUAUUAGCCUACAUGACCAUGGAUGAGUUCCUGAAAGCCAAGAAGACCAGUCAAGAAAGCAUGUUGAUAAAAGUAAAAGAUCACAAGACAGCAGACACACAUGGACCCGCCCAUGUUGUGUUGUCGCCAACUUUAUUCUCAUAUCUCAAAGUUUAUUUCAAUGAAGUGCGGAGUCUUGUGCAGAAGGACAGCGACACGUCAUCGUCUGUUUUCUUGUCAUGGAAUGGACUAAAGUUACAAUCGGGACAGAUAUCAACCACCAUAGAUGCUGCAUGGCAGAAGGCAGGGAUGGAGGGACAUGUUUCCUCCACAAUAUUUCGGAAAUCAACCAUGACAAAGGUGCAUGAGGAUCACAAAGACUUGAGAGGUGACCUGGCUGAUCUGAUGGGCCACAAAACAUCCACAGCAGAAAAAGAAGAAGCGUGUAUCGAAGCAGCCAAUAACCUUACCUCCAUCAUGAGAGAAAACCAGGAACCUGUGUCACAACCUAAAACACCAGCAACAGCCACCAAGAGCUUGUCCCAAACGAGUUUCAAAAGGGAUCGUCUGUCAUGGAGGGAAGAGGAUGUAAACGCCAUGAAAGGUCUCUUUUCAGAGGAAAUUAAAGAGAAGUGUAUAACGAUAGUAGUUGUCAGGAAUAAAAUAUGA